GCUGGGAGAUGGUCAUGGGAGUUGUGGGAAACUGUCUUGUUCUUCUGGUCAAAGUCAUGUGCAGGGGUCAGUUCUGCUGUCACUACUGGCUUCCUUUCAUCAGUCUCACCUUGUCAGAUUUAGGCUGCUCCCUCCUCAUAAUUUCUGGCUCCCUGUUGGCCAUGUUAACAGAAGGUCAGAGGUCACCAUGGUGUGAGAUCGUCAGCCUGCUGAAAUUUGCCUUCAUCACCUCCUCCAUUGGGAGCAUAGCUAUCCUCUGCGUGCAGCGGCUUAUUGGCAUGGCAUCCACAGGUAGUGCUCUCUUUGUUGUCAUGGCGACAGCAUGCUUGGCUUCUUGGAUGACAGGGCUGGUGUUUGGGAGCAUUCCUGUCAUCUAUGGCUGGAUCAGGUAUGACCCUGCAGAGAUGCUGUGUGCUGUUUUCUGGGAGAGCAGCUAUUCAGACAUGUUGGUCUACAUUCUUUCCGCUUUCUUGAUAUGUAUCUUCCUCCCCUUCCUCCUCAUCAUCUUCUGCUCUCUGAUGAGUGCCACUGGUAGCCACCCAAGCAGCAAAAGAGGAAUUCUCUCUGGAUGUUUACCCAUGAAUUCAACGAGGACACAAGCCAAGAUAUCCUUGAUUGAUGAUAAUGAAGCAGAUCUGUCUGCAGUCACUCCUCUGCUGGUGGCCUCCUACAUGUUCUGCUACACACCUUUUGUUGUGGCUGAGCUGAUCCUGCUGCGUAGGUUGGACCUGUCACCAGCACCAUAUUGGUUAAGGACCUUGUCAUCAGUGAUGUCAUACCUGGACUGUUGCCUGAACCCUCUUAUCUACUGGUCCCACCAGAACUUCAGGGUGGCAGGCUUGGCCCUGUUGUGGACCAAUAGGAAACCACCAUCAGAGCCUGUCCUCACUGCUGUCACUAUACACGAGCUCUGAACAUGUGAAAGGAUCAUAUUUCCCAGAGCGAACCAACAAUAAAACAGACAAACAUUUAUUUGUUAUCCUUACAUUAUAUAAACUUUUUUCCCUCCACCCUCCACUGAAUGUGUUAGGGGAGACUCGGGAGUGUUGUAACCCCUGGUCAGUUGUAACACUGUCAUUUUGAGCAGAAAAAGUGAUGUUAUCACUAUCAUAACUUCCCAUUUCCUUUUUGUGCUGACAGAAGUGGCAGGUCUCUGUGAGCAGCACUGUGGAUUUUAUGAACAAAAAACAAUUUUCAGGUCAAACUAUAUGGAGCCUAUUCUGUUUGCUACAUUAUUAUUAUUUGUUUGUUUUUGUAAAUCCACAUUACACCUGGAAUGUUUUGAUUCAAGUUUUAUCAGAAAUCACCAGCGUGGGGUGAAAUCAUUAAA